AUGGCAAUGCAGAUGGCACAAUACCAAGCAAGGAUUGAGAUUGAGGAUGCAAAAUUGUUCAACGCCAAAGUUGAACUUAUCAACUCGUUUAUGCAAUCUGAGCACCAUGGUGAAUCUAGCCAUCGUAGUUCUGUCACGGGGCGUUCAUAUGUGCAACGUGAUAAAGAAGAGUGUCAUGACCAAAUGAUGAAAAAUUAUUUCAUCGAGUGUCUGAGAUUUCCUGCUCAUGAUUUUCGGAGGCGGUUUCGGAUGAAAAGUACUGCUAUUGAGAACCGGAAGCGCUUCUGUAAGGCAAUUGAAGGCAUAUAUAGAGCCACAUACCUCCGCAACCCAAAUCGUGAAGACUUGAAGAGGCUUCUACGCAAGGCAGACAAAAGAGGCUUCCCUGGCAUAAUAGGAAGUCUCGAUUGUAUGCAUUGGGAGUGGAAGAAUGUCUUAUUGCUUGGGUUGGCCAAUUCAAAGGCUGUCAUGACAAGCCAACCAUCACACUCGAGGCUAUGGCGUUUUACGACACAUGGAUUUGGCAUGCUUUAUUCGGGGCUCCUGGAUCAAACAACUAUAUCAACGUUCUUUGGUCUUCUGCUUUGUUCCAUAAUGUUGUCAAUGGAUGGGCACCAGAAUUUCGAUACAAGUGCAAAGAAGAAAUUAUUUUCGCAAAGGCAAGAGUCUUACAGGAAGGAUGUGGAGAAAGCGUUCGGGAUCCUACAAGCUCAAUGGACCAUUAUUAGAGGGCCUGCACAAUUUUGGCAGUCCAAAGACCUCCAUUCAAUCAUGAUGACGUACAUAAUUUUGCAUAACAUGAUUGUGGAAGAUAAGUACAUCGAAAUUGAAGAAGAUUCAGACGAAGAUGUGGAUGAUGACCAACCAACACAUGCGAGAGCUAUUGCAAGAGAUGUUGAAUAUCUCGCUCCAACCACAUAG